UUCAGGCCAGGUCAUCUUAGAGCUCUUGAGAUGAAAUUAAAGGAGCGGAUGCCUGCAUGUGAUAUACAAGCUAAGCCACACAUUGAGUCUAGAAUGAAGACUUUGAAGACUCAUUUUCAAGUGGUUCAUGAAAUGUUGACUGGACCAUUUUGUAGCGGAUUUGGGUGGGACAACGACAGAAAAACUGUUACUGCAGAAAAGUCAGUGUGGGAAUCAUAUUUGCAGAGUCACAAAGAAGCAGCCCCCUUCAAGAUCAAGUCAUUCCCUUGGUAUGAUGACUUAUGUAUGGUUUUUGGCAAGGAUCGUGCAACUGGAAAAAAUGCGGAGACUGCAGCAGAUGUUGUUGAAGAACUUCAAACUGAAGAAGAAAACACUACUCUUGGAGAAGAUGAUUUCAACUAUGCUAACAAUAUGGAUGAAGUGCCAUCUAUGUCUGUUUCAGAUGCAACAAGAGGUGCUCAAUCUCACACUCAAUCAGAUGGGUCUUCAAAGAAGAAAAGGAAAACUGUAAAUCAUGAAGAACUUUCAGAUGCACUCACACAAUCAGCUUGUAUUAUCGCAAGAGAAAUUGAAAAAGCUUCUAUUCGUUUGAGUAAAGCUAUUGGUGAAGACAUAAAUGAAAAGCAUAUGCAACUUGAGAAAGAGUUAGAAAGGACCACUACACUUACCACAGCUCAACGUCAUAAGGUAGCUCGCAUGAUUAUGCAAGAUAAUGCUCUGGUUUCUUACUUUUUCUGUGUCCCAGAUAAUGAGAAGGAUGAAUGGGUGACACUUCUUCUUGAUGGUUCUCUCUAA